GACACAAAUACCAAGGUCGCAAACCAAACCAAACAAGUCGACGGAAUUUUAGACAAUCAUUUGAAUUUUUCAACGUUAUAAUUAUAAAAGGAAUUAAUAUACACUUAAAUUGACUAUAGAAUGUGAUAAGUUCGUCUGAUAAAGUCCAUAUAAGCGGGGAAACCGUCAUCCUACCAUUUCAAGAACCAAGAACUCAUUUAUAUUUUGGUUGUUGCACUCUGCAGUAGAUAUUUACGAUGAACAAGUUACCAGUUGUCGUUCUUUUAAUUGUUGUGUUUACUCAACUGUUGGUACAAAUCGACUGCAAAAUUACACAUUGUGGACCUGAGGAGACCCCUGGAUGCGCACCAUGCUGUCCAGAAGAAGAAGUAACGUGUGACAAUAAAGUCGCGCAGAAAUGUCCAGGAUACUGUUCCGUUAUAUGUAAACUACAAUGUAACUGUAAAGGCGGGUAUUUCAAGGAUACAGAAACUGGACAAUGCGUAAAAGAGUGCCCAGACGAUGAUAAGUAAUUUGUUAUAGGCUAAGAUAUAAUAUGACAUGAUACACAAAAAUAUCAAAAUAUGUGCUCAAAAUGUUUGUAAUUAUGAUAGACUGUAAAAUUUUUUAUGUUAUAGUUUUUAAUAAAAAUUACUAAAAUGUU